GUCUAUAAGAAGUUUAAGAAGCGAGUCUAUAAUUGCAGGAGUUGAUCUAUUUCAUUGUCAUCAAAAAAACGAUAUAUCUUUUAACGAUAAAAGAAAGUUUGACGAUAAUCAAAUUGAAAACAGUUUUAAUGAAGACAAAAUUAUUAAAAAGAUUAAAUUAAUCAAAAAUGAAAAUAAUGAUUAUACUACGCAAGAAUUUGAAUUGGAUAUAGAUAUAAAUUCUGAAGACAGAAAAUCUGAACAAUGUAUCAUUGACGAAAGUUAUAUUACACAAGAAAUUGAUUUUGAUAUUUGAAUCUCGGUAUUUUUCAAAACUUAUUAGAAUCCAAUAUUUACACUUUUUCUUUUUUAGUAAUAUUAGUUAUAUAUACUGUAUAUUAAUUUAGUUGAACAUUAUAUAAAUUAUAUAUGGAGAAUAAAUUU